AUGAGCAACGAUCAGAGAGAACGAUGUGAGAAGAUCUCUCCCGACUGUCCCCUCGAAGAUACCAUCUACGGCUAUGUCCCCAACAUGGGCGGUAACGCCUUCUUCGGCGUCAUCUUCGGUAUCUGCACCCUCGUCCAGGUCUACUUCCUCAUCCGUUAUUGGCGUCUCUGGAAAGGCUAUACCAUCCUCGUCCUCCUCGGCAGUAUGAUCGAAUGCUGCGGUUACGCGGGUCGCAUCCUCAUGUCCAAAAACCCAUGGGAUGGUGCAGCUACAUCAAUCCAGUUCGUACUUCUCAUGGUCGGCCCAUCGUUUCUUGCUGCCGCCUUAUACAUGACGCUUCGGGCUUUGGUGCAGUACUUUGGGGAGCAGUAUACCAAGCUACCGGCGAAGUUUUGGACGUGGCCAUUUGUUACUGCUGAUAUGUUGGGGUUCUUCUCGCAGUGCGGUGGUGGUAUUAUGGCGUCGAUGACGGAGAAGUAUCCUGCUGUUGGAGUUGCCGGUCGAGCUGUCAUGGUGUUUGGCGUGACAUUCCAGGCUGUCGUCAUGGCCAUUGCAGGUAUUCUUGCUACCGACUUUGCUUUGCGUAUGCGUCGACAACGAGGAAGUGUCUUCAGACAUCUGCCUAAAGACCUCAACAUCUUUCUGAUCUCUCUGACAACUGUAUUUCUUCUCAUCCUUACCCGUUGCGUCUACCGUAUCCCUGAGCUGGCUGGUGGUGUUGGUGGACACAUGAUGCGACAAGAGGUUGAGUUCAUGAUCCUUGAUGGCUGCAUGAUCGCCAUUUCCGUCCUUCUGCUCUCCGUCAUCCAUCCCGGUAUCUACGCCACCGCUAUUCAUGGCCGUGCCGACCAUCGAUCCAAGUCAGUCAGACUCAUGGAUCUCGAAUCAAGAGCAUCUCGAGACGGAUCACGCAGAGCACCUUCAAACAGAUCACGCAGAUCACCUUCAGACAGAUACGAACCUCGACGAGAGCAUCGACGAGAGCCUUCCGACUACUGAGUCAGUAGAGACAUCGCAGGGAAUACGAGCACCAUGGCAAUAAGAG